AUGGUUCAUGCUCAAAGGCACGUGACAGCUUCUGGUGCAAGGAUGAAGGGCUUGGCAGCGGUCAAACUGUACUACAAAUCUCCUUGCUUCUGUUCUUCCAGAUGUUUUCACCACUAUUUUGGUAAAGCAAAAGAUCAGAUUCUGUCUGCCUGCUAAAAUGGAUAGAUACUACUAUCUCCCUUGUCCACUAUGUGAGCAUAACGUGGUUAUAUCCCAAACUGAGCAUUAUCGAGUCUUGCCAUUAGACCGAACUCAAGAAGCCGUCAUGAUGAAAAGUCCCAGAUGGGAACCUCCUCAUAAAAUUAAAGUCGGAGAUCUUUGUUUUAUUCAAGGCCGGAGCUACCCCAAGAUCAGCUAUUUGCAAAGAGCGUGGCUUCUACAUAAGAGAUGCCUUGAGUUUGUUGAACAGCUUUCCACAACAAAGCUGUAUCACUUACUAGAUCUGAUCGAACCGACUUUCCUCGCACGAUCUGCGCCGAAGACCAGUGUACAUGGUGCUUUCUACUACCCCCAGCCGAAGAAGGAUGACCCGAACUACGCAGAGAAGGUGAUACCGCAGUCAGAGACUACAUAUAUUGAUCAGUUGAUGAGUUUCGCCAAGUAUUUGUGGAUGUUCAUACAUGGAUUUCUGCUCCGGCCCCUACCAGGCGAUCGUCAAACGCUUUUUUUCCAGAGAUUACCAGAAGAGAUUUGGGAUAUGAUUCUUGAACAUGAUAUUGGCCGAUUACUGUUUGUUCUGGAAACCGCAUCUCAGCUGACAGGCAAGAGGGAUACUCCUCUCAUCAUCCCAACUGAGAGAUUCACAAUCAAAGAGUCAAAAAUUCGAAGCCCUGCCAUACGGAUUCAUUGUCGUAACAUCGGACGACGAUCAUAUAUCCAUCAUGUCUCCAAUCCUACAGACAGCGAUACCGAGGGCGACAAUUUGGUGGACUACAUGCUUAAUGAUAGCAAGUAUCUUGCCAUCAAAAGUGAUGGAAUCGGUGUUGUGGACAUCUCUUUUGAACAGAGAAACGGCCAACCACAUUGGGCUUUGGACACUCCUGUUCGACCCUUCCAUGCGGAGAUAUCUGAAAUCAGAGCUACAGAACUCCAGUGCUUGCGGAUUAUCUGCGACUCUCAGAAAUGCCGUGCAAUUAUUCCGUCCAAUCGAACUGGGCCAGAGCCUUUCUUCUCCAAGACACCCUUUCCCCCGAAUAAUUGCUGGGUUGACUGUGGAUUCUCAGCAUUAGAACUCACUCCUGGCAAUCCUUUCAUCCACAUCGCAAAGGCAACAUACAUUCCGUUUGCGAACCUUGAGAAGAUUGCACUAGAAGUGGAUACCAGCCGGCUUGGAAUUACAGAAAUCAGACUUGAUUCAAAAGAUGAGAGAGAUCAUGUUGUUCAUUUCCCUCAACCUCCCCGGCAGGUGAAGUUCCAGGUUUGUACCGUGCCACUUGGCUUCAAGUAUCCUUAUCUCCAGUUUGAGGUUAAUGGGCAAUGGCUACCCCAAACUCCAUCAGGAUGCACAAUACUUCGAGAGGAGUUGGUGCAUAAUGUUAUAGGAAUGUGGUGGGCACGAACUUUCCCAUUUAUACCCAUACAUAUUGGUUUUGUUGUGUCCCAGAAGACAGAUCUUAAAAAUACCUUGAUGAACUAGCUUUUUUGAGCUAUUAAAGAAUGAAUCUGGUCAGUAGAAAUACAAAGGAAUUGAUCCUCCUCUUGUUGCAUCUUAGACAUUAAAAUACUCUAAGCAGUGCUCUAAAAUCGCCACAAUUCUUGCUUCAUCAGCAUCAAAAUCCAAGGGCUCAUUAGACCUCCACCCCUUGAGGUUGCAAAUGCAAAUCCCUUGCGACGUCCUCCCUGAGCAACAGCCUUCUGGGUGACUUCCUCGACCAGUGUGUUUCGUAGCUCAUUGAUGUCUUGAGUUGCUGAGACUCUGCCAAACACAACAAUACUUCCUCCGAGUGUUAUGAAUAAUGCCUGGCUUGUCCUGGGUGGCUGGAAGGCAGUUUUGACUUCCUGCUGGAUGCCAGCACUCGGUGCGAUUCUUCGAAGGUUUUCAUGAAGAAAAUUGACAACAAACUGUGUACUUAUCAGUUUAACUCUCUUUGACACAUACCAUGAGGAUGGCCGGCCUGUAAAAUGCCGCUGCUGUUUGGGGUCGGGUGAAGUUAGAUCUGCUAUUUUCAGUCAAUCUAUGCCAGAGACUGGAGAAAGAAUUUCAAAAUCAAAAGACUCAGACUACAGGCCUUAUUUAAUUCAUGCUCAUGGUUCCAACUCGCUUAAUUCCUUGCUUUUCGAGGUUAGCCUAUCGGAUAUCUUGCUCAAUUUGAUUGGCUUAUCUAGGUACAGCAUCAGACAUUCCGGCCGGAUAAAAUUUCAGUUUCAGCAGCCAGAGCAUGAUGGCAGUGGUCAUACAUGCAGCGAGCGGAACUAGCUGGAGGAAGCUCUAUUGGAUGGUAUCAAAUCUGGGCCACCACUGUAGUAUGUUAUACUCGCGAUGCCGGAAGGCUUGGCAGUGCGAGAAAGCCUUAGUCCAAUAGGAAAUAUAGGAACCUCAUGCAUGCAAAAUCCAUACCGCAGAAAGAGUACUACUUGCAAAGGUAAUUUGAAAGAGGAAUAUUUCGGUCCUAGCUGUCGGACUGAUUUGGAAUCCUUUCCCAGUGAUAGAUCACAUUUCUAUAUACUUCCACUUUCUUCCUUGCCCCCUGACUCUCCGCUCGCACUCACUGCACUGAAUGUGAAAUGGAACACCAUGGUUCUCGAGUCCAAAAUUACUCUCCAGAUCCUGCUGGUCAAUAAACCACUGGAUGGUGUUUGGGAACAUGCUUACUUCAUGUAUAGCAUCAUCACGACACAGGGCGAGGGUGACUGUCUCCUUGAGAUCUCGAACGCAGAACCGAACCGGCCGGCAGUAGCGCUGGCAAGAUUCGCAUAUAUCCUCCUCCGUUAGGCAGAAGCCUAAGUUCAAGCUGUCUUUGUAGAAGCAGAGAGUGGUGGGGUGUAAUGAUAACAAAGCUUGGAUGAUAGGCCGCGGUGGCGCGCGGCACUGAAGGGAGCCAACACAGUAGAAUAGACCAGAAUGGAAAUCUGGCACGGCGUCCAAUAUGAAGUAGAAGCACGACACCAGUAGCAGGAUGAGUGCUUCUUCUAUCCUUUUCCGGGGUUGCUUCCGCACCCACUGUGACAUGGAUUCCGUGGCGUCUGCAUCGUUCAUCGCCGGUGGUGCUCCUGAAAAUGGAAAGUUGAUACGCAUAAACUGUUUCUGCGUCAGUGGAUCAAGGAGGUUUCAGAUCUCCCGCCAGGACUCCUCUCCAUCAUAUGACGUGUUGAAGGCCUGAUAGCCCCAAAAGAGCCACUCAUCCACAAAUACAUUCUGGAAGCUGGAUGUCUUUGAUGACUGCACAAGUGACUGUGACCCCGUACCUAGCGAGAUCACAACAUCUGGUUUUGUUGUGGGCCAGAGGUGCUGGGCUUCUGACAGCGCCAUGUGAACUGGGUUGUUGUUGUUGUGUGGAUGAGUGCCGCCAUUCUGAAGACUCCCAACCCUGGGUAUAUUGACUGAUGGAAACAAGCUAUCUCUCUGUCAGAUAUCAGAUGCUCAUGAUGGAGAAGAGAUGUACUCUGGAACGGCUGUGGUCACCCGCCUGCUGCGAAUUCAAAAGUUAGCUUGGUCUGAGAGACAGGCCAAGGAUGUACACUCACACCUGCCAGACAAGCGGAUCAUCAUCACUCUUGGUUUGGGCAUAUUGAUACCCUACAAGGUCUUUGUCAGCUAGAAGCUAAAAAUCAAAUAGAGAGGCGCUAUACUGUGAUUUCUUCCAGGAGAUGUUUCACUGUUA